AUGUUACACUGGCCUGAGCAGCCAGUGAAUGUAAUAAUCAAUUGGUUGAAGAGUCACAAUGCAUCAUGGGCUGUUGCUGAUUUUGGCUGUGGCAAUGCAGCAGUUGCAAAAAAUGUGAAGAACGAGGUUUUCUCCAUUGAUCUUGUUUCAGAUGAUCCUUCAUUGAUUGCUUGUGAUAUGGCUCAUACUCCAUUGGAGCCAUCCUCUAUAGAUGUUGCAAUAUUUUGUCUUUCUUUGAUGGGAAUUAACUAUCCAAGUUACUUAGAGGAAGCAAAUAGGGUUCUCAAGCCAAGCGGUUGGCUUGUUAUUGCUGAAGUGCGAAGUAGGCUAGACCCGAACAACGGAGGUGCUGAUCCUGAAAAGUUUUCUAAAGCCAUUGUCCAGCUUGGCUUUUCGCUUGUUUCAAAGGAUGUGAAAAAUAAAAUGUUCAUUCUGUUCUACUUCAGGAAAAAGGAAAAAAGUAAGGUGGCAAAGAGCAUCGAUUGGCCCCAGUUGAAACCGUGCUUGUACAAACGGCGAUGA